CAAGUUGAGAGGUAGUGAGAAGCAAUUAGUGGCAUGUGUGUAACUUCGCCGAAGAAAAGCACAGCGUAAACCUGAGCAAACUACCAGAGAAUAACCUUAGGAUAAUUCAAUUUAAGUGGAUUUUGGAGCCUUUCGAGUCCCACUAUUCACGUUUUUAAUAUGGAAACAUUACUGCAUAUUUUGGAGAACCAAACCUGUUCACUAUAUUAAGCUAAUUAUUUUGUUCACAAAGGGAUUUUUUUGUUUCAUCAUUCCAAAAAAAUGUUUUUUUUAAAUAGAGAAUAAUUAAAGUUUGGAUUUAGACCGACAAAAUAUUUGUUGACACGUGAUAUUCAAACUUUGUAUAACAGGAACGCAUAAGUACAUGUCAGCUAUACAACAAAAUUGUAUGAACGAUUUGCAAGCCACAUGAAUUUUAUUAUUUUUUCCUUCAGGUUUUGAUUAGGUUUACUAUCACAGCUCGCUACUGAAAGCUACAUGACGAUGCAGUCAUUCCCUCGUCGUGGUCGCAUUGAGGACUCGCGUUGAGGACGCGUCAAGUAGAAACUGAAAUAGCUGCUGUAGCAGUUUUUUAUUUUUCAUUUUUUGGCAGGAUUCCUUUUAAUUGGAAUUUUAAAAAACACUAGUAAAUAUUGCAUUUCCGCUUUUGGUGGAUUUAGUGCUUUAGCUACUUGCAGCCCUUGGACAACUGGAUGAGAAACACGAAAUGAAACUUUCUGCCAACAUCAUCCCGAUUGUAGCUGCUCUCCUGCUUCAGUUUCCACCUGCUCAGAGUCUUCCUUUAUCCAGUGCAAACAGGACCUCUGGAGUGAUGCUGUUCCAGGAGGUGUGGGGGCGGAGCUUCUGCCGCACCAUCGAGAAGCUGGUGGAGGUGGUUCAUGAGUACCCUGGGGAGGUGGAGCACAUCUUCAGCCCCGCCUGUGUGCCCCUGGUCCGCUGCGCUGGCUGCUGUGGCGAUGAGAAGCUGGAGUGCCACCCCACUCACACCUCAAAUGUGACUAUGCAGUUGCUGAAAAUCAAACCAGCAGGAGAGGAUCAGGAAUAUGUUGAAAUGACUUUUGUGGAGCACCAGACAUGUGAAUGUAGACCCAGAAAAGAUGCACAGAAGAAUGGAAGGCGGAGGCCAAGAGGAAGAGGUAGGAAGAGGAAGGAAAGACAGAGAAUGAAAGACUGUGACAAGUGUCAGCCUCCUCGCAGGUAACUGUAGCCACGCCUCUGUCGCUACCUGGUUCCCUAUUUAUUCUCCGUUCAGCGCUAACAGCAUCGACAGUCUUCUAAGCACUUUUCGGAUAUUGUCCACGCGCUGCGCCGGGGACACAAGCGCAAGGGUUACUGCGGUGAUGCGCCCCGCUCCCGCAGGGGGACCGUGGCAACCGUAGAACCCCCGGAAAGUCACAGUCAGCAGGGCGGACGAGCCUCAAGUCACCUGACUUGACAAGGAGGAGCAGCGCAAUGAAAGCCCACGCUCAAGGGUGGAGACUGAUAAAGCAACCUGGAGGACUGUGAUUUUUUUAUUUUUAUUGCUGUUGUCAUUUGUUUUUAUAUACAUUUUUUCAUUGUUAUUAUUGUUAUAUUCUAUUAUUGUUGUUGAUUCGGUCUGUCUGACCCCAGUAUUUAUUAUUAUGAAUAGAGGAAGUAGAAUGAUAUUUUAAUGGUGAUCAGUGUAGAGCCUUUCCAUGGACUGUCUUGACAUUACACGAUGGGGAACAAUAAUGUGUAGCAAUUAAGGACCUUGAAGACUGCAAGAUGUUGACACCACUUCUUACCUUUCUGUGGAGAGGAUGAGCAAUGUCAUGAGGCUUCUUUUUAGCAGCAAUGGCUGACUGCUCUUUUCUUCCAGUAGCAGGAGACCUAUAAAUUCCCGUUUAUAUUUGAAAAAUGGUGAGAAAUAACAUAAGUAAAGUAACAACAAAAUGUAUGAGAAUAAACACAAUACAAAGUU